UGUUUUCGCUGCAAAGCUCGUCAAGCUGGAAAAUCAGCUCGUCUCGACACACACACACACACACACCCUGAAAACAUCGUCCGACCAACAAGUUUGUGUGUGUGUGUGUUUGUUUGUGCCUUCCUGGUACCGGAAAGCUCGUCAAAAAUGAGCAAAAUAUCCAAACUCUUCAAGGGGGUCUCCGGCUCGUCCAGCUCGUCCAAGUCCAAACACCGGGCCAGAGGAGGACCUUCGCCCCAUGAAGCCAUCCACAAGCUGAGGGACACCGAGGACAUGUUGACCAAGAAGCAGGACUACCUGGAGAAGAGGAUCGAGCAGGAAGUGGCGAUAGCUAAGAAACAUGGCACACGAAAUAAGAGGGCCGCCCUGCAGGCGUUGAAGAGGAAGAAGCGUCUGGAGCAGCAGCUCACCCAAAUCGACGGCACCCUCUCCACCAUCGAGUUCCAGAGGGAAUCGCUGGAGAACUCGCACACCAACUCCGAGGUGGUGAGGAACAUGGGCUACGCCUCCCAGGCCAUGAAGAAAGUCCACGAAAGCAUGGACCUGAACAAGAUUGACGAUCUGAUGGAUGACAUCAACGAGCAGAAGGACGUGGCCCGCGAGAUCAACGACGCCAUUUCUAGACCGCAGGGUGACGAUUUUGACGAGGAUGAGCUGCUGGCCGAGCUGGAAGAGCUGGAACAGGAGCAGAUGGACGACAGCAUGAAGAGCAUGGGGGGCCUGCCCUCGGUGCCCAGCGGCAGACUGCCGUCAGCAAGCACGUCUUACCGCGCAACCACCAAAAGGCGCGAAGACGAGGACGACAUGCGAAUGCUGGCUUCAUGGGCGACAUAAACGACUUUGGAACAGAGUGUUUAGUUUUGGAGCUUUUAACGCUGUCUGCACACUUUAUUAUUCUUUAUUUUUACUUUACUACUUAACAACUCAUUCUUGAUCCAUGUUAUUCUUUGUGCCUUCACUUCUUGUCUUCUUUGUUUCCAUGUAUGACUUUUUUUUUUUUUUUGUCCAGCCAACCGAAGGAUUUCCAACACUGAGCAGAUGAAACUACAUGUAAUAUCACACAACUGUAGAUAAAGUCUGACUAUGCUUUUAAUGUUGUAAAUAAAUAUUCAGCUAUAUUAAAAACGCAACUUCCUGUAAUUCAUACACUUAUUUUCUUCUGUCAGUGUAUAUUUCUAUUUCUGUGCAUAAUUUCCAACAAAUAAAGGACAACAGUGUA